AUGCAAGGCGCUAGCGUGAUCGUGAAGAGCUUCAACCACGACAGGAUGAAGGAGAACAUGAGAGCCCAUAAACUGAGAUUGGACGACGGUGAUUUACUUGACAUUGAGCAGAUGGAGGAGAGGAAGAUAAUGAGAGGAGAAUUUCUUGUUAAUGAAACCACAAGUCCAUACCAGACCAUUCAAGAAUUAUGGGAUGAUGAGAUCUGA